AUGGGCCGUCGACCUACGUUUGAAGAAUAUCAAAAGAGAGAAAAUUGGACCGAUGGCAUCAAACGCUGCGAUGACCUUUUAAAAAAAUCUCCCAAAGAUUUCGGUCUGCUCAUCGUGAAGCUUCAGCUCAUAUGUGCUGCAGGAGCUUCGGAAGAACGAUAUCAACCUGUUCUUGAACAGCUUGCUGCAAUUCAGCCACCGAUACACAAUCCUGCAGAUCUUGCAACCAUUGAGGAUGCCAUCGAUACUGCUCAGCAAAAUCUAUUCCCACUCCCGUUGACGACUGGAACGACCGUUGCGAAGUUAUGGGAUGCUGCAGGAAAAGUGACUGGCAUUACCGUGGCGGCCAAAUAUGAUCUGCUCUCGCUACGGUUCUCUCGGGCCAUCGCAGAAAACCGAUUGGCAGAUGCACAGCAAGCCUUGAUUCAAUUCAAGGCUUUGCAGCCACGCAACCGUGCCUUUUAUAUGGCCCACGCAGCAUACACGCAACUUCUGUCGAAAGAACCGGGCGACAUGCAGGCGAGGUUGGCGCUCAUGUUGGCGAAAAAGGCUGUAGCUGACAAGUUUGAUACGGCGGAUGAUUCACAAUUGGAUUGCAGAGUACCCGGCCAGAUAUUUGCUUUACAACUUGCGAAUAAGGACCUCGAAGGAAUCAAGGAUCGUCCUCGGUUGAUAGAUAGCAAACAAGUAUUUGAGGCGUACACUAGAAUUCAAUCAGCAGCAAGCGAGAAGAAUCAACAGACCACAGAUGCUGACACAGAUCUUGCGACACAUGUUGAUGAAAAGAUGCAGCUUGAGACAGGCUCAGAAUCUUCAGAACCGGCAUCAAAAGAAUCUCUCAUAGCUGGAAAUACUAAACUCAAGACGAUCCUUGCAAAUCUGGUCAAGCAGAAUGCCAGUGCGAAAAUCUUUCAGAAAUUUACCGUGGACGCCAUAAAACGACAACACACCGCCACCGAUGUACUAAAGUCGCAACAACAUCGCGCAACUGCCGACGCAUGCUUCCUUGCAAUUUCUAGCCUCGUCAGAAUUUACACAUCAACGCGAAAUGACAGCAACCUCUUUCGUGCCGCCUUUCUCGCCGAACGCUUAAUUAUCUAUCAUGACAACUUUCACGAAGCUCGUUUGAUUCUCAUAUAUCUUUACAUGCGACUCGGCCUCGGAGCUCCUGCCUUUCGAUUGUUCGAAUCUCUUCGAAUCAAAGAAAUCCAACAUGACACCGUCGGUCACGUUCUAUUUACUCGACUUUCCCUGGUACUACCAUACCCCACGAAGCAAACUCUACUCGCCACUGCCUUUGCACACGAGGACCAUAAUGUAGCCCCUGAUCCUUUGGAGCGUACACAACGCGCUCUCUCCAUCUACCCUCGCCAUGAGAACCGCCUUGCAGAGACCGAACUCGAUGUUCUCUCCCACUUCCAGACCGGCAUGAUCUUUGAUCUGCAUGCUCUUCGCGAUCAUCUCCGUCGCAGUCUGACGCGUCGAAUCACGGUUCUAGAGCAUCGUCGCCUUGCUCGCAUCAGCGGGCGGGCAGCCAUACUCAAGCAUUCGAUGGAGAUCAGUCCUCGCCGUGUUGCCAAUUGGACGUCAUACCUCGACAACCGUGACUUUGACGCAGCAUUUAAUCACGGCGUCAAUGUGGAGAGACUGCUACAUGCGGAUGGUCCUGAAGACAAUGUUCCGGACAAGCGCUGGAUUGAGGAUGUCUUGGCUGCGGAUUGUGUUUGGAGCCUCAUCAAUGAUAAGACCCCUCUCGUCUUGGAUCCAGAAAAUCUCCUAGAUGGACAUCAAGCAAGCACAGCGGAGAGCAAUGGUGCAGCUUCUGCUGUGAGCGCCGACGACAUCAUGCAAAAUCUGCCGGCCCUCACCAUGACCGAACGAACAGUCGGCGCAAUCUCUCGCCAACUUCUAUCCCUUCUCCUCUCGCAAAGCUCAUCAUCAUCCCCAUCAGAAACAUCCGCUCCAGUCAUAUCCGCUCUCUCCGCCUCCCUCGAGUCGCUCCCCAUUCCGAACCCCUCCACAGCGACCACAAGCACAGCUCCGACAUCCUCCCUCCCAGCCGCCUUCCUCGCCCUCGACGCCCUAAAGCUCAUCCUCUCAACCUACCGCACCUUGCAGAAACGCAAUAUUCCCGACCUCCGCGCUGUGCAAUCCUCCGCUUCAGCCCAUCUCGCACACCUCAAAACAUACGUCCGCGGCCGUGUAGCCGACAGCAAAUCUUUCCCCGUCGCGAUCAGGGCGAGUCUUCUCGGCGGCGCAGACGAUAACGACGAUGGUGGGAUAUGCGAGGCGUUACUCGCGUUUGGAGAGGACACCGUGGAUGGGUUUGCUGAUGCAUUGGGGAAGGAUGCGCGGGAGGGAUGGGAAGGCUUGGAGAAG